UUUCAAAAUCGCCAGCUCGGAGGCUUGGAGGAAACUCAAGUGGGUAAAAGAGGACUCAAAAUUCAGAUAUUCAAGACGAGAAGAAUUGAAGGAGUGCCGGAAAUAGGUCAAAGUGCAACGAAUACGUCGGGUGACAGCGUGGAAAAUAGCAAGAUCUGCGAAGCUCAGAAACUACAGCGUGUAUCUCGGUUUUUUAUUGUUAGAUUUCAGUCGUGCACGUGUUUUCAUAGUUAAAGUCAACUGCGCGUACAACUUGGCGGGCAAUCAAAAUGAAAUUCGCGCCCGCCAAAAAUCGAUCUGGCAAUCAUUUAAACCGCCUGACGAAGAAGAACUCAUAGAAAUCAUAUCGUAUAUGCGCUAGAUUAUUAUUAACCGAAGCAAAAAAAAUAAAUGUGUAACACAAGAUGUAAACAUACUGAAUGUAUUACGAGAACCAUUAAUUCACAAACAUGCUUUUUACAAGCCUAGUACUGUCAAGAUACGUAUUUUAAAUGUUCCAUUUAAGGUUAAGAUUUGAAUUUAAAUUAUCUGGAAAAUUAUAAUCGAACAAGAAAUAUAAAAUAGAACAGUGAUUACUAUUAUAUUAAGCUAAAACGACAGAAAUCUGUGGUACCGACAACUUAAAAAGAAAAAAAAAGAACAGUGAUUCGAACGCCCCCUACAUUCGAGUCGAAUAAACACGGGAAGAUGGCGCCGCAAGAGCCGAGAUUGGCCGAGAUAUUGCGCAUGCAGAACUUGAUAAAUCAGCAGUCAGUACUGGUCAGUGCGCGAAAUGCGUUCGGUGCACGUGCACUAGGUGUGUAUGUGAAAUUGAGAGUGUAACGCAAUUUAUAACGCACGCAGUGUCAAGGACUAAACUGACCACGGCACGGAUCACCCAGUGGCUGCCACGCAACGAUAUCGCGCGCCUCUUGGGAAACAAGUACGACGUUGAAUAAUUGUAUAAUCGCCUGAUCUAGGUCUUUGACCCUGAAUCUAGCCUGUCCACGUGCCGUCCAACAACAACGCGUAAAGAACGCACGAGAUCGCGGCGUAACGUGGACAGGCAUUAACGUUCGUUGCCAAUUGCUCGAGGAUAUUACAGGCAUCGAUGAAAAGUCGUUGGUCAGCGUUGCCAAAACGAAAGAAUGAAGGAAGAGGAAGAUAAAGUGUUAGACAAGGAACAGUGGAAGCUCGAGGCACAGACUGUCAUCAAUGACGUGAAACAACAUGUAGUGGAGAUCAAGCUGUCGGAGAAAUUGCAGAGCACGAAUCAGUUUAUAUAUUUGAAUCUGACCACGUUGGAGGGACUGAAGUUCUGUAUCGAGUUGGCGGGCGUUGGGUUUUCCAUCGUUGGUAACCAGCACGACGACACGUCGAACGUGGGAGGCCAACGUUUUGAGACGCCCUAUAGCUUGUUAGACUCUGUUAGCCCACAGUACCGAAAUUCUUUCGGCAAUUCUCUCCUCGAGAAACUACGGAAGUUGAGUGACGAACAGUGAACAAACGCGAUGGAAGCUUUUAAGGGCACUUGUUGAACCACGCUCUCGCUUUCGUCUUGAUAAUGAUCGAUUCGACGAGAUUUUAGAUGUAGAUAAUAAUAACGAAGAGGAGAAUAAAACCGUCUUCGAAGAUCGCUUAGGUCACCAAAUAAUUUACAGAAACGGAUAUACAUGGUAAUAAAUACUACAACUAAAUAACCAAUGUCAUAAGCACCUAACAUCGUCCACGUUUAAACGCAUUUAGUCGCGAAGAAAUACAUUUUGCGAGAUUAGGUUAAUCGAAGCUUUAAUUUGCUUCAAUUUAAACACAGGUGCUUGCGAUGUGCAAAUGUUUUUUUCGACCCUUUCUGUCAACUGUAU